UGGCUUCUGCUACCACUACAAAAACACAUUUCCCCUUAAUUUUAAGUUUCAAAUUCUUUUUAAACUAUUUGAAUUUUGAAAAUCUUGAAUAUGAUUUCUUAAUCUGAUUUUCAAUUAUCAAUUUAAUAUUUUAUGUCAAAGUUUGAUCGGACAUAAAGUAUAAUUCAAAAUUCAAACACCAUAAUGUAAAGGAAAAAUUGUGUCGUAGCUGUAAAAUAAGUACUCUUGUGAGUAGAGAGAGAGAGAGAGAAAGGAAGAAAGGCUAUCUUGAAAAAGAGAAAAAAGGUUCUUCUUUUUGUUCAUUGAAUUGAGUGGAGAUCUGCAGCGAAAAAGCAAAUGGCAAGUUUUGCAGGGACAACUCAGAAGUGUAAGGCUUGUGACAAAACUGUAUACUUGGUGGAUCAGCUUACUGCUGACAACAAGGUUUAUCAUAAAGCUUGUUUCAGAUGCCACCAUUGCAAGGGUACUCUCAAGCUGAGUAAUUACAACUCCUUCGAAGGAGUUUUGUACUGCCGGCCUCACUUUGAUCAGCUUUUCAAAAUGACUGGAAGUUUGGAUAAGAGUUUUGAAGGAGCUCCAAAAACAGUCAGGGAACGGUCUGAUCAGGGACAAUCAAACAGUAAGGUUUCGAGUUUGUUUGGCGGAACUCAAGAUAAAUGUGUUGCUUGCAAGAAAACUGUUUACCCCCUGGAAAAGGUUGGAGUGGAUGGCACUUCAUACCAUAGGGCUUGUUUCAAAUGCAGCCACGGCGGCUGCGUGAUUAGUCCAUCAAACUAUGUAGCGCACGAGCUGAAGUUGUACUGUAGGCACCAUCACACCCAACUCUUCAAGGUGAGAGGAAACUUCAGCCAGAUGGAAGACCAUGAAAAAAACUAAAGGGGUGACUGAGAGCACAAUAGCAUGAGCCAUGCCAUGCAAUGAACUUUUUCAUGUUCAUUUGAGUUUUAAAUAUAAGGGGUAAUCGGCUUUCAGUCGAGAGUUGGGCCAGUUUGGUGUUCUGGUUCACACAUACAAUUCAAGACUUAUCACAUAUAUCUAUAUAUGACAUCUUCGUGAAAGUCAAAAGAAGAGUUUCCUUCAUUGUCUGUUUUGGUCUAUCAGUAUGUGCUGUAACUACACUAAUACAUUUUUAUGCUUCUACAAAGUGCACAAUGUAAUUGCUGUUGUGCUUCUGAAAUUUCUUAUGGAUUUUUAUGUAGGGAGAGUUUAUUUCC